AUGUUGUCUGUGUCUGAGAGAACACUGAAGUUGUCAUGUCUAGUCCUGCUCACCUUUAUCACCACAUCCACUGUGCUUCUCAUGAGGUACUCCAGGACUGAAAAAGUACCUCAACAUUACCUUCCUAGUACAGCUGUGUUCUUAGCAGAAGUCAUCAAAGUCAUCACCUGUGUCUGUGUGCUCUACAUAGAAGAAGGUUAUGAUGUUGAAGAGGCCAGUGCCACUCUGUAUCAUGGUAUCACUGAUUGGAAUGAGACUUUCAAACUCAUCAUCCCAAGUGCAAUGUACACUCUUCAGAACAACCUUCUUUUCAUUGCAUUGUCAAACCUGGAUGCCCCAACAUACCAGGUGACAUAUCAGUUGAAGAUCCUCACUACAGCAAUAUUCUCUGUGAUGCUUCUAGGUCGAAAAUUGAAGACUCAUCAAUGGGUCUCACUGGUGCUACUCAUGAUUGGUGUUGCCCUUGUGCAGAUUCCAAAUGAUUCAUCCAAGAGUGAAACCCAUGAAUCUGCCAAGAAGAGAGGAUCUCUUUUUUUGGGACUCAUGAGUGUCUUCAUUGCAAGUUUUUCAAGUGGUUUUGCUGGUGUGUACUUUGAACGCCUUGUAAAGUUUGGUUCACAUGGAGGUGGAUCUGUACCGAGGCUGUCAAUAAGAAAUAUACAAAUGGGCAUUUUUGGUGUUCUUUUUGGUGCCAUCGCCAUGCUUUAUUCAGAUUAUUAUUCCAUAAGGCAAGGAGGGAUGCUUCAGGGUUAUAACCUCAUUACGUGGAGUAUCAUUGCACUACAGGCAUUUGGAGGCCUAGUGAUAGCUGUCACCAUCAAAUAUGCAGAUAACAUUCUCAAGGGAUUCUCAACCUCUUUCUCCAUCAUACUGUCAUCUCUCUGCUCUUAUUUCUUGCUCAACGAUUUAGACCUCUCCAACAACUUCAUUUUAGGCUCAUUUCUUGUCAUAUGUGCCACAUUCUUCUAUGGAUGCAAGUUCAACUAUCCUGAAAAGGAAGAGGUUCUUCAGCAGAAGGGUAUGGAGCUAAACUGGGGAGAUGCUCGAUAG